AUGGAUUACGAUGCGUAUGAUGCUUUACUGCAUCACAUUUUCAAGCAGACACAAGGGGAUGCCUGGUUCAAACCAUCCUCUGAGAACAUCCAUGCUGGGGUUUGCUUGCGCAUCAACACAGGUCAAUUCCGUGUCUUUCCUUAUGAAAAUCGGUAUCUAGAACCCUUCGAGGCCGCUGUCAGAGGUUUAAACCCUGUAGUCGCAGUCAAGGUACGGAGCGCUGCAGUUCAUGUUGCUUUGGGCACCGCUGGGGAUCAGGCCAUGGCUAUCUACGUCGAUAGCGACACCCGCAUUCAGAUUUUGGAUACCAUGCUAGACCUUCCUCGUGCUGACAAGGAGCAAUGUGGUGCUUUCAUUCGUGAUGAGCGUGUCCUCGUCGUUUGGUCGGACAACCUCGACAUGAUCAUCCCAUUAUGUUUAGAUUUCGAUGACAAGCUGAUCAAGCUGGUCUGGGCCCUCCGCGGCACCUUUAGUCUCGCAUCUUCCGUGAAUUCGACCGUGGGCAGCUCUGUUCCCUCAACAUCGAACUCCGCUUCCGAGAUCCAACUUUUUGAGAAGCCGGAGAAGACUAAAGAAGCAGCGCCCUCUUCUGACACGCCUGGUCAAGUGGCCGCCAAGACCGGCGGUUCGAGCUCGCUAUGGGGGUGGAGAAUCUCGACUAAAGCCGCUCAGGUCCAGCCGGACCUCGAAAAGGGCACAAGUAACGUCAGGCCCAUGCGCCUCUUCGCUCCUUUCUACGGCGGCCUAGGAUGUGCCCUAUCAGUUUUCUUCGUGGGCAGCGGUCUUCAGGUCUUGAUGACAGAAUGGCGUCUCGAUCAUGACUAUACCCGGUUUGCACUCAUGGUCACCUCACCUUUCCUGUUUUGUGUGUCACUCUUUUUCGCACUGCAGGUUGUCACCAACAUUUCCUACGUCCUUGGGCCUGUUGCUCAAUAUCAUGAAAAUUCCAAAUAUUACUCCGCGGUCAAACCGGGUCCUGAUAAGGACCUUGAUUCGCGCCUUCCUCACAUCACGAUCGAGCUCCCCGUCUAUAAGGAGAGCCUGCAGCACACAAUAUCCCCGUCAGUACAGUCUUUAAAGAAGGCCAUGCAGACUUAUGCCCGCCAGGGCGGCACUUCGAGUAUCUUCGUCCACGAUGAUGGCCUGCAACUCAUAUCGGAAGCUGAGCGCCAGGAACGAGUCACUUUCUAUGCCGAUAACGGGAUUGGCUGGGUGGCGCGUCCGAAGCACGAUGAUUCGGAAGGUGGCUUCAAGCGCCGUGGUCGAUUCAAAAAGGCUAGUAACAUGAAUUAUGGACUAACACUCAGUUUGCGGAUGGAGGAGUGGAUCAAGAAGCUGGAGACACAGAAAGAAGCUGCAAAUGGCGAGGCGGAAGACCCUCAGGAGGAAGAGUUGGAGGAGAAAGCGUUGAAGAUCGCCAUCGAGGAAAUUUAUGAAGAGAGCGGGAAGAAAUUCAAACCUUGGGCGAGCAACGCGAAGGCCCUUCGUGUGGGAGAGAUUAUUCUCAUUGUCGAUUCCGACACCAUCGUACCAGAGGACUGUUUCCGUGAUGCUGCAAGAGAACUUGCUGAGUCUCCGGAGGUCGCCAUCAUCCAGCACGAAUCAGAUGUUAUGCAAGUCGCUCAUCAUUACUUUGAGAACGGCAUCGCACACUUCACUCGCCGGAUAAACAAGUGUAUCUCGAUGGGGUGCGCGAAUGGCGAAGUGGCACCAUUCGUAGGGCACAAUGCCUUCUUGAGGUGGUCAGCGCUGCAAGAUGCGGCCUUCGAGGAUGAAGGAGACAACAACAAAAUGAAAAUCUGGUCAGAAAGCAAUGUCAGCGAGGACUUCGACAUGGCCCUGCGACUUCAGCUUCGCGGAUAUAUCAUCCGUUGGGCUACCUACUCUGAGGGAGGAUUCAAAGAAGGUGUAUCUCUGACUGCUGACGAUGAACUGAAUCGAUGGCAGAAAUAUGCAUACGGAUGCAAUGAGCUAAUCUUCAAUCCUCUCAUUCAUUGGUGGCGCCUUGGACCCAUCACAAAGCAACUUCGGACUUUUCUGUGGUCUGACGCGCCAGUCCACUAUAAAGUCAGCAUGAUGUCAUGUGUGUUUUCAUAUUACGGGUUGGCAGCCGGCUGUUCACUGUCUGUGGCGAACUAUAUCCUGCUCGGUUUCGCGUUCCCGGUGGACGGGUUCUAUGAGCACUCGUUCGAAAUUUGGCUUGCAUGCACGGUAGUGUUCCCGGGCGCUGGCAAUGUCGGAUAUACGCUAUUGGAAUAUCGCAUUGGACAUCGCAGUCUAAUCUCGUCUUUGAUUGAGAACUUAACCUGGGUCCCCUUCUUCUUCUUUUUCUUCGGCGGCCUUCCCAUUCACCUAUCUCAGGCACUUCUUGCUCAUCUCUUCUCGUACAAUAUUACAUGGGGUGCCACCAAGAAGGAAGUCGAGCGCUCCAACUUCUUCAUCGAGGUACCGCGGAUUCUGAGACGUUUCUGGCUCGCCUUCGUUCUAUCGUUCAUUUGUAUCAUUGCGAUGAUCAUAUUGUCUACCUCACUUCCCCCUCUUGCCUGGAGAGUCCCGGGAGUCGACUGGGCUGUCAUUCUACCUUUAUCCAUAGUUACAGGAUGCCACAUUCUUUUUCCGAUCAUCCUGAAUCCUUGGCUCAUGAUCUUCUCGUAUUGAACUUAGCUUCUCUAUUCAAUCGUCAUGGCCCUCUGGCCUUUUCAUCUUUACUCGCUACCUGGACUCUGGGGUUUUCCAAAUACAUAUAAGUUAGAUCUCUCAAUUUUUCGAGCUCACCUUGAGUAUAGACUGUAGUUCUUCAUCGUAGUAUACCAUGUCAGGCGGUCUAGAUUGCUUUAUCUGAUUCCUCUGUACCUCAGGCCUCAAGGCCUCAUGCCUCAUGCCUCAGUGUCACUGUAUGGACUGUAUUGCCAGUCAAUUGUAUCCGCUCUUUUUAUCCUU